AUGGCGCUCAAGUUUUUGAACAAGAAGGGGUGGCACACGGGGAGUCUUCGCAACGUGGAGAAGGUGUGGAAGGCGGAGCAGCGCGAGGCGGACGAGCGCAAGAAGGUGGACGAGUUGCGCAAGCAGAUCGCGGACGAGCGCGAGGCGGAGGAGUUCCAGCGCCUGCGCGAGCAGGCGGGGCUCGUCCCGCUGCAGCAGCGAGUGGACUUCCUGUAUGAGUCAGGGCUGUCGACCGGCAAGGGCAUGGAGGGAGGGGGCAUGGGCGGCAUGGGCAGCAUGGGAGGGGCGUCCACGGACGAGCUCAUGUCGCACAAGGUGGACUUCUCCGCCUCCGCUCACACAGGCGCUCCCCCGCCCAUCUCCAAGGCCUCCACUGUUCCCGGUUCUCUGUUCGAGGGGGAACAGGGGGAGGAGCAGGCGGGACCGCCAGUGGUGAGUGCGAACGAGAUGUGGCGGCGGCUGCAUUCGGACCCUCUCGUGCUCAUCCGACAGCGUGAGCAGGAGGCACUGACUCGCAUCCGCAACAACCCCGUUAAGAUGCAGAUGAUCCGCGCUCAGGCUGAGGCUGUGAAGGGAAAGACGCAAAGCAAGAAGGAGAGGAAGAGGGAGAAGAAGGAGAGGAAGAGGAAGCGUAAGGAGGAGCGGCGGGCGAGGAGGGAGAGGAAGAAGCGAAGGAAGCAGAGCGACAGUGAGAGUGAAAGCAGCAGCAGCGACAGCUAUGGCAGUGGUAGUGAGCAGAGUGGGGAGGAAAGGCGUGGUGGAGGCAGAGGGGGAGGGGACGGGAAAAGACAGGCCGGGCUGGGGCAGGGUGGGAUGGAACAGGGGAGGAUGGUGCAGGGAGGGAAGGAGAAAGGGCCGGAGGUGGGUGGUAGAGGGGAUGAUGCAGGUGAGGGGGAAAGAAAGCAUGGUUGGGAUGGUGAGAGAGCGAACAGGGACUUAGAUGGCAGGGGCGGGAAGUUCGAAGGAAGGGAGAGGAGGAGUGAUUGGGGUGGCAGGGAGGAGAGGCGUGGUAGGGAUGAUGAGGAGGGGAGGAUGGAGCGUGGGAGAGGGGUGAGUAGAGAAGGGGAAAGGCGAGUAAGGGAGGAGUUUAGGGCUGGUGGUGGUGGGAGGAGGGAUGAGGAGGAGAGUCGUGAGAGGGGAGGGAGAGAUGAUAGGGAAAGGAGAGGUGAGAGGGAAGGGAGAAGUGAGAGGGAAGGGAGAGGUGAGAGGGAAGGGAGAGGUGAGAGGGAAGGGAGAGGUGAGAGGGAAGGGAGAGGUGAGAGGGAAGGGAGAGGUGAGAGGGAAGCGAGAGGUGAGCGGGACGGGAGAGGUGAGAGGGAGUGGGAUGCUCAGGGUAGGAGUGAGAAAGAGAGGUAUGUGAGGGAGAGGAUCGAGAGGGCAGGAGGGGACGAGAGGGAGGGGUAUGGCAGGGAGAGGAGUGAGAGGGAAGGGGGGGACGUGAGGGGCAGUGGGAAGAAGAGCGGCGAGAUGGAAGAGCAAGGGAGACGAGUGAAGUCGGGACGAGAAGCAGUGCUUUCACAGGAGGGAGAGGAAGGGAAAACAAGGGAUGUGAGUGAAGGAGGGAGAGGGAAGAGGGAGAGAGGGAGAGAAGGGGGGGAGGGAAGGAGAGGUGAGGCAGUAGAGGCAGUGAGGGGCGCGAGGCAGAGGCAUGACAGCCCUUCAGAGAAUGAGGGGAAGAGUGAUGGUGCUGAGGGUGGGAAAGGCGGGGGAGGUGGUGGCAGGAGUGCAGCGCAGAUAGCACGGGAGGGUAGGGAGAGGACUGGUGAUGUGGCAGCUAGGGCAGGAGGAGCGAGGCAGAGGCAUGACAGCCCUUUGGGAGGCACGAGGCAGAGGCACGACAGCCCGUCAGACGGCAGCGAUGGGGAGGAGCGCAGAGCAGCGCCUCUCUACGGCCUCUCCUUCCACCGCAUGGCGCCCUCCCCUCCUCGCACCGCCCCACCUGCACCACCACCUGCACGUGCACCCUCACCUACUGCUGCUGCUGCUGCUGCUGCUGCCCUCGAGUCUGGUUGUGCUGCAGGCACGGGCAGGAGAGAGGAGGGCCCUGGCAGUCACAGCCAGAAUAGGCCGGGGGGAGGGCGGCAAGGGCGGCAGAAGAUGACGGAGGAGGAGAGGCGGCGGCGGCUGGCGGAGAUGGAGGAAAACGCGGAGGCAGUGGAGGGGGAGAGGCGGGAGCGCAUCCAGUGGGCGGCGCAGCGAGAUGCCCGCGAGGAGCAGAAGAGUGAUGCUGCUGCCCCCCGCGGGGCCUUCCUCCGGGAGGCGCAGAAGGAGAUGUAUGGGGCGGGCAGUGGGGCGCCAGGGGACGCUGCCCUGCAGGCAGCAGCGGGCACGGGCAUGUCCAUAGAGAGCAGCAUUCGCCGCCGCUCACACUUCCUGGAGAAGGGGAGGGGCGACGCAAGCGCCUUCAGAAGAUGA